UCCACUUUGAGGGAAUCUUUUCAGAAUCGGAAGUUGUGCGUUUACUCAUGUUUCCUUCUUCUUGCAACAGGCUCACUUGCCUGUCCGCUUGCAACGUGGCGCUCAAAGGCGUCUCACGUUACAGACAUUCCUGACCAAUGGCAGGCAGUUUAACAUGAAACUCCUGGAUACGAGAUCCGUUAUCGCUGAAGCGAAUGGCUGUGUGGAGUACGAAGACUCUGCGACCAAGUCGUGAAUUUGGAUCAGUUUACGCCUUCUGAUUGAAAAGCUUGGCGUUUAUAAUUCAAGACAGGCGAGCUGUUCCUGGAUCGGUUGUUGGGCGAGAAGUUACAGGGGAAAAAUUGUAGCGCUAGCUUGUUAUCUGUGGUCAUUGAUGGCAAUCAACCGGGUAUGUUUGAAACGUAAAUACAAGUUACAGCGUGAGGGUUUUGCAAAGUGCUUUCACUCAGGAAAACUGUAACCUAAUGUAGCUGGCCGUACGGGGCAGUGUUGCGAGUCGGAAUUGCAACACAUUCGAUACUGCUGUUACGCUUGGGGUACAUUGUGUCGUGAGUUCUCCGUCUCAUUAGCCUUAGUUUCUUUUUAAGUGUCUUUAAUAGCCAAGUGUAUUGCACCCUGACACUUAAUACGGCAUAGGUAGUCUUUAAUUUACGAUGGGGGUGUACAGCUUGUACCUUAUACUGAUGUGUACGUGGAUGGUGUUCGGCAAACCCACUGUAAAGAAAGAUCGGGUUCACCAUGAGCCCGAACUGGGCAAACGCGAGGAUAAUCAGAGCUUUCAAUAUGAUCACGAGGCCUUUUUAGGCAAAGAAGAAGCCACUACAUUUGAUCAGUUGACCCCAGAGGAGAGCAAGGAGAGGCUUGGGAAAAUUGUGGACCGCAUAGAUGCCGAUCAUGAUGGGCACAUUACAACAGCUGAACUUAAGGCAUGGAUCAAGCGGGUGCAGAAGCGCUAUGUUUAUGAAAAUGUCGCUAAGGUCUGGUCUGACUAUGACCUGAACAAGGACAACCAGAUUUCAUGGGAUGAAUACAAAAAGGCAACAUAUGGCUACUAUCUUGCCAAUCCGGCGGAGUUUGAGGAAGCCACCGAUCAGUUCAGCUUUAAGAAGAUGCUGCCGCGAGAUGAGAGGAGGUUUAAGACGGCCGACCUCAACGGCGACCUGGUAGCCAACCGUGAAGAGUUCACAGCCUUCCUCCACCCGGAGGAGUUUGAGCACAUGAAAGAUAUCGUGGUUCUGGAAACGCUGGAGGACAUUGACAAGAACGGGGACGGAUAUGUCGACGAGGACGAGUACAUAGCCGACAUGUUUGCACAUGAAGAGGGGGGUCCGGAACCGGAUUGGGUCGGGACCGAGCGGGACCAGUUUUCCGACUUCCGGGACUUGAACAAGGACGGGAAGAUGGACAAGGAGGAGAUCCGGCGGUGGAUCCUCCCGGAGGACUACGACCACGCCCAGGCUGAGGCCCGGCACCUGGUGUACGAGUCGGAUGUGGACAAGGACCAGAUGUUGACCAAAGACGAGAUCCUGGACAACUGGAACAUGUUCGUGGGAAGCCAGGCCACCAACUACGGGGAGGACCUGACCAGGAACCACGACGAACUGUGAGGCGGAACACGCCGCCGGGUGUUGGGAUCUUCCCCCCCGCUGGCCUGGCGCCUCCAGGCCGGGACGGGGACGGCUAAACCCGAACCCUCCUGGCUCUACCUCACGCGCCAGAGAGGGGCCAGGCUGCCCCUCUGCCUCCGCCGCCAGAGGGAGUGCGGAGGGCAGGUGGCGGCCCCCGUCCCGCCAACAAGGCAGCCCCACGCGGCCGGACCUCGCUUAAAGCAUCGCUCGAAGGGCGGUGUUGUCAGCCAGCCGUUUUGGUCAUUCCUUUUUAGGUCUAUGUGUUUGUGCUUUUACACACAUGCUGCAGUAUUGUGAUUCGUUUUGUGUUGUUGUUUUUUUUUUAAAUAAAUAUAUAUGAUUAUUUUUUUAGGCACAUUAAGAAUGUCAGGAGAUUCCUCGGUUCGGUCUUGAUUGAGCACAGCCAGAAGAGGUCAUUUUAUUUAUUUGUUUAUAUUGCUUGAAGUGGAAUUGUUGGAAAAAAAUGUUUUAUACUUUCACACAAGUGUUUUAUAGUUACAGAAAUGGUCAGUGGUUCACUUUUCAUAUAUCAUAUCUAUUUAUGCAUACUGAAAAGUUGAAAAGGUCUGUAAUGUGUGUACUUUUUCUUCAUUGGUUUGUUUCAUUCACAUUUUAUACACUUUUGUUACACUAUAUAUAGUUUUGUUUCAGGAUUGCAUGUGUAAUUGGUAAGUUUUAAAUUCAUGUACAUAACACGCCUCGUGAAUACUCCUAAAA